AUGAGUCGUUGGCGUCGUUCAGUGGACGAGCUGGCGGCACGGCGGCGACAGCAUGAAUGUGAGCGCGCUCAGGAUGCACUCAGUCGGGUCACUUCAUGUUUCCAGCAGCUGGUUGCGUCGCUCGGUAGCUCAGCCGACGGCAGCUUCCUGCGAGAUGAGUUGGACGAGACGAGAGCUGUGGCUCACCGGAUCUGCAGUGGGCUGUCCAGCCGGCUGCUGCGCUUGCUUUCAGACUCUGACUCCGCCCCCUCAGGUGUGCAGGACAGGCAGGUUUUGGAGCGUCUGUGGGUUCUCUUCCUGUCAGCAUUGGAGCACUUCCUGUAUGACCUGCGUAAGGCCUGUGACCUAAUUGGGCAGUUCCCCCUGACUGAGCACAGCAACAGGCGCUCGCUGGUCAACACAGGAUGUGUUGAUGGCGUGGUGGGCGUGGCAGCUCGGGUGGCCUCAGUCCAGUUGCCAUGGCUCACCUCGGAGGUGGAACCAAGCCCAGAUCUGACCAAUCACAUCACAGGACUGGAAACUAUGAUGAGCGAGAUGCAACAGAGGGUUCCUGUGGCGUUCUGGUCGGUGGAGGCGACCCAGCCGGCGUGGGCUGAAGCCCGCGGUGAGCCAGAUGACCUGGUGGAGAGCCUGGAGGACCUGAUGGAGGUUGAGGUCAUUGCUGGUUCCAAGAAGACGGCAUGCUGUGGGCUGGGCUGCGUCGGGUAG